AUGUCAAAUUGGCCUUUGCCGAAUCCAGAUGUUCAAUGUUUGCUUCGUACGCUUCCAACCAAAAGCACUGGCCAUCCAAUUGGUCCUCUUUGGCAGGCUUUUUCUCCAGUCCCGACAGAUAAAAAACCCAAAGCAAGAUGUAUUUUCUGCAAUCAUGAUAAACCCAUAUCGGGUACUGCAGCAGUAAUGAGUUCACAUGUUAAAAAAUGUUCAAAAAUUUCUUUAGAUGUUCGAACAUAUCUUCUUAAUGCUUAUCAAUUUCAACAACAAAAAAAUGUGAUAAACUCAACUAUUAUACGGGAUCAACAACCUGGUAAUUCCUUGGAUGAAUCAAUUGCAUUACCCAUGUCAACUUCGAAUUGGUCAAUUGUUUCUACACAAUCAGAUAAUAAUAUUGCACAAUUGCCAAUUGAUGUUUAUGAAUCUAAUCAAUUAUUGUUGGAGAGUAUUAUAGAAGGUGGUGCGCCUCUUUCUUUUGUGGAUGCUAAAAAAUUUAAAGAGUUUGUUCGUUCAAUUAAUAUGCAUUAUAAUGUCCCAGCACGAAAACAACUUACAACCAAGGUUCUUAAUGACGUUUAUAAAAAAGUUCAAACUUCAGUUCAAAAGUUUAUUUGUAAGUCUGAGUGGAUUUCUAUUGCAACUGAUGGAUGGACAAACAUCCGUCAAGAUCAUAUUAUAAAUUUUAUGGCUAUUGGCAAAAAUCGAAGAACUGAGCUUGUUAAAAUUAAAGAUACUUUUGGAGAAAGUCAAACUUCAACAGUUAUUUUUAGAGAUUUAGAAGAUAUUUUAAUACGAAUUGGUACUGAAAAGAUCAAUGCGAUUAUUACUGAUGGAGCUGCAAAUUAUAUUCCCCGUAUAAAUAAUAGUACAUUUCGGUUUUCACUUCCUACUUUUACACGAUGGAAUUCUUUUUUUGUAUCUUUACAACAAGUGCAAAAUAAGGAACAAUAUUUAAAGGACAUGGCAUAUGAAAUGGAAUCACGUUUAGACAAAGCUAUCAUAUCCAUUCUUAAGGAUAAUAUAUUUUGGCACCAUUUAAGAAUUAUUGUUCGUAUAUUAGAAACUUAUUCUCUUAUUCCUAUUAUCUUGGAAUCUCGCCAAGCUACAUAUGCUGAUACAGUUUAUUUUUGGGCAAAAAUGCAAAUAAUGGUUAAUACAAUAGAUGAUGUUAAUUUUAAGCAAUAUGUUAGUACACGAAUUCAGCAUCGUUGGGAUAGAAUGUAUCAUCCACUUUUUCUUGUCUGCUGGUCUCUCCAUCCUCAAUAUGUACUUUCAAAUGCUAUUCGCCCAGAACUUGCAACUGUUAUUAAAAAAGAAGCAAGCUUGUUAUUCGAAUCUCUUUUUCCUAAUAAGGAUAUUAUGAGAUUUCGAAAGCAAUUAAUUGAUUGGAAGAAUAAGGCUUAUCCUUUUGAUUUUGAAGGUAAUUGGGAUGACUAUCUAAUUAAAGAUCCAGUGUAUUUUUGGAAUAACUUUCAAAGCGAAGUACCUGAAUUAGCACUUUUUGCUUCUCGAAUUAUGAGCAUUCCACCAACAUCAGCUGAUAGUGAACGAUUCUGGUCUGUAAUUUCAAAUAUACAUACACCACGACGAAAUAAAUUAACAAAUGAUAAUGCCUUUAAAUUAACCUGCAUUCGGUGGAAUAUGACUCAAAAAGAAGAUUGUACUUCUAAGAAUAACAAUAUUAAAAAUGUUGAGCAAAUCGUUCAACAAGAUAUUGUUCAACAAGAUACUAUCAUGACUGAUUCUAAUGAAGCAAAUAUUCAACCUAAUAUUUCUAUUGACGUCUUAUCUAUUGAUAAUGAAAUACGAAUUUUUGAGAAUAAUGAAGGUGAAUCUUCUGAACAUGUAGAGGAGCAAGCCGAAAAUCAAGAUAUAAUGAAAACGAUCGAAAAUAUAAAUAUGUUUAGUACUAAUGAUCAAAUUACAUAUGAUGAAGCUAUUGGUGAGAUUACAUAUAACGAAGCUAUUAGCGAACAAAACAAAUCAUUAGAAAAUUGGUUAUUGUUUGAAAAUUUAAAUAAU